AUAGGAAAGGGAGGGUUCGGAGAGAUCUACUUAUGCCGUCGCGAAGGGGACCGACAGGACGGGUAUGUCGUGAAAGCAGACAACUUCGACGGCCCCCUCUUCGCCGAAAUGAAUUUCUACUUACGAGUGGCCAAAGAGGAGACAAUCGACGCGUUUGUAGCCAAACAUAGGCUACCGUUCCUCGGGAUGCCUCGCUAUGUGGCCAAUGGUAUACACGACACGACGAGCGCCUGUAGUAAUGUCUUGAAUCGAGAGGUGAAGUUCCGGAGCCAACAGAAGCCGCACCGCACGGGACCUACACUUCAGUACCGGUUUCUAGUGAUGGAGAGGUUUGGUCCGGAGUUGAGCCAAUCGGUGGCCAAACACCAGUUGACAGCACCGGAUGCCGCACUCAUCGCCGCCAAAAUGAUCGACGUCCUGCACUACAUCCACACCUUUGGCUACAUUCACGCCGACAUCAAAGGCGCGAACAUCUUGAGGUCGAUUACCGCGAAGUCUAAGACUUCGGACUACUAUUUGGUCGACUUCGGACUGGCGGACAGGUAUUGCGAUAAAGCGCGGGUCCAUCGCGACGACAAACCGGACAAAAAGCGGGCCAACAAUGGGACGGUUGAGUACCGGUCCCGCGACGCCCACCGGGGGCUCAUCAGCAGGCGCUCCGAUAUUGAGUGCUUGUCGUAUAACCUCAUUGAGUGGCUCUACGGGCGCCUCCCGUGGAUGGACAGCCUGUCCGACGCCAACAAAGUGGAGACCAAGAAGGAGAAGGCGAUGGCAGACAUCGACGGCUUUCUCAGAGAUUGCUUCCAGAAGUCGGUUCCAAUCGGACUCAAAGAGUUUCUGCACGAAGUGAAUGGAAUCGCUUACAACUCUGAACCAAAUUAUGGUGAUCUCAAGAAGAUAUUGACCGAAAAGGUGUCGAAAAAUAAGACAAUUGUCGCCAAAAAUGUUGGGAAGAUUGACAGCGACGCCGACACGUCCGCCGACGACGAGUCCGACGAUGAAGAGCCCAGACGUCCGAAAAGGAGUCGAAAGCCGACCAAAAGGCCGACCACUAAGAAGUCGCCGCAGAAGCGGAAGAAUGCGAGCAAAGGAAGUAAUGGUAAGCUUAAGAAGCGAGAGAUUCCGGUCGUGGAUGUGAGCGACGACUCCGAUGACAAUAAGGCGUCCAAAAGUCCGCCCAAAAGGUCUCGAAUGGCGGCCAUUAAGUCAGACUAUCACUUAAUGACUCCCAAGAAUGGCACUAAAGGCCGCCCUUUGAGGACAGUUAGCACUCCGUUGCUGUUCGCCGAAGAAGAGGACAGUUUCGGUGAACCCGUUGCCAGUGCUGGUGAUGGCAGUGGGAGUGGGCGUCGAAAGUACCGCAAGAGUACAAUAUAUUACACACUCAACGGGUCGUUGACUGACUUGAGUGGUACGGGCGAUGAGGCGCCGACAGCACCGGCAGAGACGGACGCCAUGAAAGCCGUGAGAAUUCAGAUGAAGACAUCGAAAGCACCGGUAGUUAACUCAUCGGCAGAGAUAGAAACGGAUGCCAUGAAAGCGAUUCGCGUCUUGAAACAGAUGAAGGAAUUGGAGAAACAGACGAAGAAAAAGGCGAUCAAAAAGUAAUGAAAUGUUUUUAAUUGUAAUUAUUUUCCAUUCAUUUUCUAAUCUGUUUUUUAAAGAGUAAUUCAUUUUAAGUUUUUGUCAUUGAUUUAUGCAUUUUAUACUAUAUUUUGCGAUUAUUAGAGGUUUGAUAAUAUUUUUGAACAUUAUUUCUCAUUUUA